AUGCCAAUUCAUGCUUUAGCUACAGCACUUGCAAAUGCUCCUCCUGAGCAGCAGAGGACGAUGCUUGGGGAGGCUUUGUAUCCGCUUGUAGAUUCUCUAGAACAUGAUUCAGCGGCCAAGGUUACUGGCAUGCUUUUGGAGAUGGACCAGCCUGAAGUAUUACAUCCGAUUGAAUCACUUGAUGCUCUCAAGGCUAAAGUUGUUGAAGCCAUGGGUGUGCUGAGAAAUGUUGCUCAACAAGGUAAUAGCCCGGCGGAUCAACUAGCUUCACUUUCUCUCAAGGACAAUCUGAAAGAUUCGGAGGACAUUGAAGAAACAGCGGCACGAGAGGAAGAAGGGAGAAGCGUUUCAAAAGCUGAGUGCUGA